UUCCUGUUUGUAACCGAAAAAGACACAAGACAGUAAAAAUAGAAGCAGAUAUGGUGCACCUCACGAAGAACACACAUAGUAGACACAGCUAAAGCUGCACUGCCAACGGACAGUUGAGGAUCAGAAUAUCCACGAUGACACACGGUAAGCUACAAUUAUUACUUCUGUUGUGCCAUAAGUACACUCAGUCUAAAACAUUCUUACAUGUAAAUGUGUUUUCCAAAUUGAUGGACCGAUAUAUAUAUCUCUACACUGAGCAGUACUUUUUGAAGUUUUAAAGCAUUUCAAAUGAAUACAUUUUUAAGAAAGACACAAAACAUAUAACCUGAACAAAACUAGUGUCUCAGAGAGUUGAAGAAAGCGUGGCCUAUUACUUGUAUCAUUAUUUACAUACGUUAGACAGUUUUUCUAAAUACAUCGAUACACGAUAUACCGGUAUCGUUAAUUUCGCAUAGCAAGUUUAUUUCUUUUUUUUUUUUUUUAUUCAUUAUUAUUUUUUAAAAGAAACAUUAUUCCACACAACGCAAAAGUUGUUAUCUUUUCAAUUUCAGUUAUGUGGUCAAAAUAAAACUGUGAAAGUUGUUUGUAAUAAUGAUGGCAAAACUGUAUUGAAGGAAUAACAGUGUCUGCUUUUCAUUAACUGUGAUUACUUGAUUGCAUUAUUAACAAAUGUCAUAAUUACCCAUAACAAAUUAUAUCUAAUGUUUCCUUUUUUAUUUUAUUUAGGUGACUGCACGGGACCCUAUGUGGGUCUGUCACUAACGUCUAUAGCACUGUUAAUGUCUGUAUGUUUAAACAUAGUUCUCUAUUCACUGAGAAGAAAAGAUAGACAGAACAGAGGUACAUUAAACAUCGAUGUUGGUGUGCCGUUGUACCAAGAUUCUAUUCAUAGUGACAGGUUUGAGGAUGACGAACGGCAAAAUCAAGAGAAUCCUAUAUAUGGAAACAUCUUUGUAGAUGGUGGAGGAUCCUUGACAAUGCCUGAAUAUAGGGACUAUGAUCAAAUGACAAAAAAAGGUGCAAGACAAGAUGAAAAGUCUGACCCAGAAGAUGUUUCUUAUGCAUCCUUGGAUCUAAAACUUGUUCAGAAACGUAAGAAAAAGAAGAGAUACCAGGAGAAACAGAAUCAGAUGCAUAAGGUCCAGACUCAUCCACCUCCUGUGGCACAGAUGAGGCGCACGGAGAUGGGAGAAGACUGUGAUGUUGCCCUGCCUUCACGAAGCAGCAGCCUCAUUGUGUCCCGCAGCAGCAUCUACCUCAACAGCCAUCAAGUAGCACUGGAGACAGAGGAGCUACAGAGGGAGAGAGAGACAGAAUGGCAAAGCAGUCAUGUCUGAGAAAUGAUGAUGAAAUUGCAUGCCAACAUUGAUCACAGUCUUUGCCAAUCAGAACCAAGUCAUGAUCAAGGCAGCUAAAGACCAAAGCAAAUGUAAAAGUUCUUAAGUGCAAAGUUAUCCGUCUUAAAUUCAGAAUUACAAAGUCAGCUAAAUUUGGCACAAUUCAUAAUAAUUAUUUAUUUUACCUUAUAAUUUUUUUAAAUUAGUGGUUAAAGCAGGUGAAGACAAAUAUUGCUGCCUAUAAGUGAGAAUUAUGAACUUUCAUGCUUCUGAAGGUAGUUUGAACUCUGUAAUCAGAUUGCACAAUAUUCUGCAGCAGCAGGCAACAGGAGGAUAUUGAGCAACAUCGAUGACGUAUGUUAUGGAAAACACCUUUAAAAAGUUUUCCAUAAAGAACCUGAUAGCAAAAAAUGCUAAAUGAUUUUUCUAUGUCAAUGGAAAAUGUUGUGUCUAAUCAGGUCUGAGCUAAAUUGGAAAUAGGGCAUUAGAAUAAAAACAGCUUCAAAGACA